UUUUGCAGGGUGAGGGUCCUGACAGCAGCCCCCAUGCCCUGGGAGCCAGCAGUGAGGAGGACAGAAGGGUGUUUGGCUCCGGGGAUGCAGAGCAGCUGGCUUCAGGGAAAGCUGACAGUAUAUUCGGGAACUGCUCAAAGAUCAAAAUCCUGCCUGUGGCAAGGCUUGUUAUGACUUCCCACCCCUCUUCUCCAAAAGAAAGUGAAAGCCACGGGCCAGAAGGAUAAAUAGGCAGCGAGGAGCCCCAGCACCAGAGCUCAGAGAAGCAGUGCAGAGCUCACCUCUCCUGCCCAGAGCACCUCUGCCUCCAGCCCAUCCUCUGCCAGACUCAGCGACACAAUGCAGCGGCUGCAUCUUCUCUGCCUCGGUCUCCUGGUGCUGGGAUGCAUCCUGGACGUGCACGGUGGCAACAACGUCCUGGACUGCUGCCUGCGGACGAGCGAUAAUCCCAUCCCACGGCGGAUCGUGCAGAGAUAUCAGAUACAGCUGGUGCAGGACGGCUGUGAAAUCCCUGCCAACGUGUUCAUCACCGUGAGGGGCAAGCGCCUCUGUGCUCCGCUCGAAGCCCUGUGGGCGGUUCGCCUCCGAGAGAAGCUGGAUGCCGGCUCUGCCAGGAAGGUCCCAAAUAAAGGCAAUUAGGCUCUGAAGAAGCCCACGGCUGGCCCCAGCACCUGGAAUGGGGCCAGCUCUCAGCUGUGAAUCUGAAGCUCAUGAAGCUGACUUGCUUCCACCUCCUACUACAGGGCACGGGGCCAACCCUCCUCGGGACUCGUGUCAGUGCAUGGGGCUCGUCACAGCCCUGCUGCUCUCUCUUCUCCCCUCUGCCACCACUGUGACCGAAAAACCUGAAUCAGGCUGAGCCGGGGGCUGCUGGACCAGAGCCUCUGCUCCAAGGGUGCUCGGCAUCUCCACCACCCUUGCAGCCAGGAAGCUGGUUUGAUGGACUGAUCUGUGAGAUGAGUUUUGGGGAUCCCAGCUUUCCUCUGAGCACCAGUCUGUUCCCUUGGGUUUCCAUCAACAGCCUUGAGCCUGGGCCCUUCUGCAUCCCUGGGAAGGCCUGCGAGGAUGUGACUGUGCAGGGAUGGAGGGGAGGGAUAGAGAUGUUCUUCACCACCAUGCUGGUCCCGUGAG